AAGCCAACCCUCGUAUUCUUGCUGUUUGUCGCCACAGCAAACUUGACAUUGGCGAAUCCCGUCCGUUCUGCACGGUCUUCUACUAAGAAGGUAAAUUAUUUUCCUCUUUGUCCAAUAAACAGCGACAAAUGAUCCGGAGUUAAUGCUUUUUUGUAUUCAUCGAAAAACAUGACUUUUUCACUUUCUGUUCCAUCGAUUGUUUCCACUCUCUCUGUUUUUGGCACAAGUAAACUCCGAUACAUUUUCUUCACUAUAAUGGAACUGAAGUGAAGUGUGCAGUGCACACUGAAGUUUCAAACAGUAUGCCAAUAAAAAAGUGAACUCGUCUCGUCAUUCACUACAUCUUUCAAAAGUUCGGGUUAGUGCCCCCAGGCAUUUAUCGUCUUUCCGUGUCAUGAGGCAGACGCUACUUCGAACGGGACACUUAUUUCAACUGCAAAUAUUUAUAUCUCCGAUGUAGGUUUUAUUUCAUUGUAACGAUUAACAAAGAUCUAAUAAAUACAAAAAGCUUAAAUGUAUCGUUCACAGGAAAUGCCAUUCUUUUCGCUUGCUCUAGAUAGAGGAUAUGUCUUUUUUUUGUCAUAUAUCUAGCCUCGAGUUAUCGCGAUAAUAGAAAUUCUGGCUCCACAUUCUAUCCGUACUUUUCACGUUCCAUUUAUAUGAAUAGUUUUAAGACUUCCUCGAGUAACCUGUGUAACUCCAAACAUCAGUGUAGCGUUCUAAAUAAUUAAAAACUCCAAUUAGAGUACUUGUUUGAGCAUUUACUGUCAUAGGUUGUGGAUUAUAAAGUUCAAAUUAGCGAGACUGGGACAGAGUACAACGAGACAAUCGAGGUGGACACAGAGAAGCAAACUGAACUUUUUAAAGUUCCUGCUCAUAAUGACGAGGACGAAAGCAAUAUUUUGCACGACUUUAAGACGGUAAGUCAAUUCGUUUUUCCGUCAAUGGCUGUAAAUGCAGUUGGUUUUAUCUAAUCUUCCAUCAAACCUAGACAAACGGCUUGAUAUUUUGUUAGAUAAAUGCAAAAGAUGUACUGGCAACUAUGACACCAUUUUUUUAAACUAUGCUUUCGUGUUAAAUACUGUAAAAGACCCAUUCAUUCCUCAUAAAGCACAAUCUAUUUAUCGUUUUACAAGCUUAAAAAGUCUUGAUUAUAAUUCUUCAUGUCAACUGGGACAACGCUGAACAUGAUCAGCUUCCUUUUACUAAACCAGUCUAGGGGAUAUGUUCAUUAUGCUUACAAAUUUAUGUUUCCGUGAACAUAAGAUACCAGUGCUUCAGUAGCGCUUAAAUUGUUGAAAAAUUCUUCUUUUCUCGUAAAACAGAACAUGACUAUGAUGCUGUUGCCGGAAAAAAAAAUAUGCUACCUUAUGCCUCUGUCAGAAGAGGUGCCGACACCAGCAAAACUCGAGAGUGAUCUUAAUCAGACAAAGGUAAGGACGUGUUCCUUUUUCUCAGACAAUCGACUUCAGGCGACUUUCCGUUGACCGCGGGAAAUUUGCGAAAUGUUAUUAGGUAGUAAUGAAAUAAAACGGCCACAACAUUCCUUGAUCCUAAAUUUUUUAAUAAGACACUCUCACUCUGUCAACUUCUGUCUUCUUUUGUGAAUGCAGAAACCUAAUUAAUUCUUAAAUAGCGAACUAUUUCUCUAUAGAAUUAUCAUUUCGAAUGCUAUCACUUAAAUGUGAACAAUUUUUCUGUACUGCGUUUUAAAAAAUUGAUCCGGAACUCAUAUCGAUUUUUACCCAAACCGGAAGUGAAUUCGAAAGAGAAAAUGAGGAUAUGGGUUUUAGUUUUGUCCUGGCGGCUGACUGAAUAGUACAAUGGUGAACAGUAUGCGAUACGCAUGAUUUCUCUCUUGUAUAUAUCUUGGAUUGCUGGAAAAUUCUAAAACCAUCCAGCCAUGCUAUUUUGCAGGAAAUGGACAAGGAAAAGGCAAAUAUUAUUGAGAGCAAGUGGACAGUGGACAAUGAGAUGGUGGACCGAUCUGAACUGAGCGAGGAGUUGGCAAACUUCUGUCCACAAUACCCGAUAUAUCAGGUGAAAACAGUGGACGUAUCGUUGACUUCUACAAGGGUAGAGACAGAAGGUAAGUUAAGGACAGAGAAG